AUGUCUGUGUUAGCCGAAAUGAGUUCCUUAGAGAUGUUAGGGAAGAAGAAACUUCAUCAGAUGGUUGAUACUAAAUCUCCCUCCACAUUUAAGCGCGUAAAAGUCGAUGCUACCCGCAAUUUCCCUGAAAAUUGUGGUUCAUUUGUUUGUCAAAACAAUGGAAGCAAAGAGAUCUACCCGGAAUUUCGGUCCAAUAGCAAGCGUGUAAAAGUCAAUUCUACGAGGAGUUUUCCGAAGAAUUGUGGCCCCUGUGUUCCUGAAAAGAAGAAAGGAAGUGAUACUCCAUGCUCUGUUGAUUCUGAGAUCAAAAGUUGUUCUGAAGUUGAUAUGAAUGUGGUUGAGUCAGCUGAGCCUUUGAGUGUUUUCGAGCCAGAAGAUGAUUUGGCUGCAACUGUUGCGUGUCCAAAAGAGGCUGGUGAUUCUAGUCAUCAGCAUACCUCAUGUCAACCUGCUAAUGAAAAUCAGCAGCAUGAAGACUUGGUUAAUCCGGUUCUCCAAAAUCCAUCAAUUGAUUCAGGAAAUACAUUUGAUUGGUUUAUAAAAAGCGAGCCUAUUGAAAAUGAACCAGAAUUGCCUGCUAUUGUUUCACAAGAAAAUCUAAUUCAAGGUCGAAAUGAACCUCGUAAGGAAACAAGCAAGGGAGUUCAUUACGGAGAAGUUCCUCAUGAUGAAUACAGGAGUCGGGUAGACAAUAAUGAAAUUUGCAUUUUAUCCUGCUCCGAGUCGAACUCAUUAAAAUCAGGUCUCAAGACCCUAAGUGCCGGUAAGAAAGGGGUCAAGGGUGAGAUCGUGCAGGAAGAAGCAGUUAGGAGUCCAGAACCCCUACACAAGUGCAAUGUUAUUUUUGAAGAUGAAUCUGUGGUCAUGAAGAACCAAAUAGAUCUCAGAGUAUCUCAAGAAGAUUUAAGAAAUUCUGUUGUCAUGUGUGAUGUUUCCGGUAAUGGAUUGUUGACUGAACAUGAACAUAUUCAGAAAGUGAAAGAAGUUAGAGAGACUCUGAAACUUUUUGAUGACGAAUAUACUAAACUUUUGCUAGAAGAUAGAGCAGAAAAACAUGAAGGAGGGCCCAAAAGAAGUAUCCAUAUAGAGGCAGCAAUGGCUUUGAAAAAACAGAAAAAGUGGGUAAAUUGUGAGUGGACUUUUGGACAUGUUCCUGGAGUUCAAAUUGGGGAUCAAUUCCGGUUCAGGGCGGAACUUGUUAUGAUCGGACUACAUCACCAAUUUAUUAAGGGUAUCAAUUAUGUGACUAUUUGCAGAAAAGAUGUUGCAUCUAGCAUUGUUGAUUCUGGUCGGUAUGACAACGAGGCCAUAUCUUCUGAAACAUUCAUUUAUGUAGGUCAAGGCGGGAAUCCAAAAGUAUCUGUUAAUGCGAGAAUGGAAGAUCAAAAGCUUGAAGGGGGUAAUCUUGCCUUGAAGAACUCCAUGGAGUUGGGAUAUCCGGUGAGGGUUAUUUGUGGUCGACAAAGAGUGAAUGGUGAAAAGAGUGAUAUAAGAUACAUUUACGAUGGGCUCUACACCGUGACUAAGUGUUGGGAAGAAAGAGCUCCAACUGGAAAAUACAUUUUCAAGUUUGAAUUGAAAAGAAAUCUUGGCCAACCAAAACUUGCUCGUGAACUAGUGUCACGGCCAGCAAAGUUAGUCAAGGUUAAUCAAUUUCGUGUCAACAAGGCAAAAAAAUCGAUUUUGCAGUCGGAGUUUGUUGUGGACUAUGAUGUCUCCCAAGGAAAAGAGAAGAUACCAAUCCCUGUUGUCAAUGCAAUAGAUGAUGAGAGACCCUCACCAUUCACUUACAUUACCAGCAUGCAAUAUCCGGAUUGGUAUUAUAUUUCUAGGCCUCAAGGUUGCAAUUGUACAAGUGGAUGCUUGGAUUCCGAGCAAUGCUCUUGUGCUUCUAGGAAUGGAGGUGAAAUUCCAUUUAACACAAGAGGCUCUAUUGUUAGAGCACAACCUCUUGUUUAUGAGUGUGGUCCAUCUUGCAAAUGUCCCACUUCUUGCAAAAAUAGAGUUAGCCAACAUGGUCCUCGAUACCAUUUGGAGGUUUUCAAGACUGAAUCGAGAGGAUGGGGUUUGAGGUCACGAGAUUAUGUCACACGUGGUAGGUUUAUAUGUGAAUAUGUUGGGGAGUUGCUUGAUGAAAAGGAAGCUGAAAAUAGAAUAGGCCAUGAUGAGUACUUGUUUGAUAUUGGCAAUUAUGAUGAAGAAAUCCCCAAAAGGAAUGUUGCGCGUAAUAAUAACCUCAAAGUUGAGUCAAAUUCUUUGACGAGGAAGGAUGAAGAUGGCUUUACCCUUGAUGCGUUAAGGUAUGGGAAUGUUGGAAGAUUUAUCAACCAUAGUUGCUCACCAAACCUUUAUGCUCAAAAUGUCAUGUAUUACCAUGGUGAUAAGAAAGUACCUCACAUAAUGUUUUUCGCUUCUGAGAGUAUUGCUCCAUUAGAGGAGCUUACUUAUCACUACAACUACGAUGUUGACCAUGUUUCUGAUAAAAAUGGCGAUAUGAAGAGAAAGAAUUGUAGAUGUGGCUCUCGGAAGUGCGAGGGGCGAAUGUACUGA